AAGUGAGGCAAUUGUUCACUUCUAAACAGCUCUGCAGCUCUCUCCACAGGCGUAGGCUUUCUGCGCCUGACGAAAGAAAACGAAAGGAAGAAGCGCACGAGUGUACGCACAUUUUUAAAAAGCUGUUCAGGUGGAUCUGCUUUAGUUUUAGUUUCCUUCUGUGGGUUUUGCAGAAUUGGUGAAAGCACUAUGUUUUUCUUUAUCUUUAUCUUUAUUGCGUGGAUAGGAAAGCCGGUGAAUGCUGCCUGUCUAUUAGAACUUAGCCCUCCUAGAGUUGUGGUGAGAUUCGGAGACUCCUUAUCAGCAAACUGCACCUCAUUAUCUGACCAGAUUGAAGGAAUGGGAUGGGAGUCUCCAUAUGGAGGAGUGGACCUUACCCAGGGUGUCACUUCUCUUCCCUUUAAAAUUGACUCUGUGCCAGAGUGGGAGAUAGGACCAAUGUGUUAUACGAAUUCCCGUGAUGGUGAUCAGUGUACAAAACUGUUACCGGUCACUGUUUAUAAAAUGCCAGACAGUGUGUCUUUGAAGAAUUUACGUACAGUGGAAGAAGGCCAACAGUUUGCCAUAGAGUGUGACGUUGUUAAUGUUGCACCAGCAAGAAAUCUUUCAAUAGUUUGGCACAGAGGAAAUAAGAACUUGUCUUCUCAGACAUUUGAUGAGUCCAGUCCAUCUCCCGUCAGUAAGUCAUCUGUCCUCACUCUGACUGCUCAUAGAGAUGAUGAUGGAGCUGAGAUCUGGUGUGAAGCAAAGCUGAACUUGUGGCCACAGGAACAAGGUCCUCCUCCAGUGCGUUCAGAGGCGCAUACUCUGACUGUACUCUACCCACCAACCUUUAUCAGCGCUUCAGAUGAGACUCUGGACUUUCCAGCUGGUAAAAGUAUGACUUUAAAUUGCAAUGCUACAGGAAACCCUUUGCCAUCAUACCACUGGCAAUUUCCACAAGCAGCACAAGAGACGUACAAGAAUCAAAAUGAGAAUUAUCCAAUUUUGACUCGACCAUUUGAGUUUCCAGGGGUCUAUACCUGCAAUGCCUCAAACACACAGGGCACUGUGACCAAAUACUUCACAGUCAGCGAAUCUCCAUACCCACCAGCCUUCAUCGAUCCUUUAAAUGAGACUCUUGAACUUUCAGCUGGUGAAAAAAUGGCUUUAAAUUGCAACGCUACAGGAAACCCUUUGCCAUCAUACCACUGGCAAUUUCCACAAGCAGCACAAGAGACGUACAAGAAUCAAGGUGUGAGUCAUCCUAUUGUGACUCGACCAUUUGAGUUUCCAGGGGUCUAUACCUGCACCGCCUCAAACACCCAGGGCACUGUGACCAAAUACUUCACAGUCAACAAACCUCCAGGUAUUGGUCCCAGGGCCAUUGUUGGGAUUGUGAUCGCUGUACUUGUUAUCUGUAUUUUUGUUGGGAUUUGUUGCAAAUACAAAAGAUAAGGGAGAAUGUAUUUUCAAAGCCAAAAAAAUGCUCUGUGUCACGUUUAAAUCCUCAAAGUAUGUUAGUUACAUUCUUAAAUGUAUUAAAAACAUGAGGACUAGUAAAGCUCAAAUAGCAUGCUUCGUUUUAGCAAUUUGUAUCCAUACAUUGUUUGAUUUAGUUUUUAUGGAAACAUGAUUGUACUUAUCAACUGUGAUUUCUGUAUUUUAUUUUUCUUUCAAUGUUUUAGUGUUUUGCCUUUUUGACACCAUUAUAAUUAGACAAUAAAGUCUCUCUUUUCAAAUACAGGCUUCAUUUGUCGAGAUCACAGAGAUUCACUGUGUAGUAUUAGUACUGUACAUUAUCAGUAUUAGUAUGUCCUCACUAAUGCACACUAGUUUUCAGGUAUGAUCUCCUGAAAACAAGAUUAGUAACUUUUUGCAGCAUUGCUCACUUGCCACAUGUUGUCUUUUCUCAAUUUAUUUUGGAUCUGAAAUCCAGUUUUACAAGCGUGCACACAUUAAAUCAAAAAUAAAGUUGAUAAUAAGUGUCAUGAUGGUCAUUAUCUCUGUCCAGUCUUUAGGUCUUGUAAAGCCGCUAACACUUUUGCCAGUUAUGAUUUUGUGAUGAGCUUCUUUCCUCU